UUAAAUUACCAAAUUUUUUUACCCUGCAAAAUGCAAAGCAUCCCUAAGAGCCUGAACUGCAUUCUUCUAGUGAAAGACAAGUCAAUACAAGUACAAUGUGAUAACAUAGAAGCGGUCAACACCAUAUCUAAUAUUUUGACCACGUGUUUGGGGCCGCGUUCCAUGCAGAAAAUGAUAUUGACACGUAUCGGUACGAUCCAGAUCACGAACGAUGGGAACGCCAUAUUAAGGGAGUUGGACAUUACACACCCUGCGGCCAAGCAGAUCGUUGAGUUGGCCCGCACCCAGGACAAUGAGGUGGGUGACGGCACCACAACUGUCAUUCUAUUAGCUGCCAAACUACUGGAAGAAAUGGGCAUGCUGCUACGAGAUAAAGUACAUCCUGUGCACAUUUGCAAAAUUCUUAGGGAGGCACUCAAUGAGAGCCUGAGUUAUCUGGAGGAGGUGUCCUAUCCGUUCCAGGGAACAGAGGACGAGAAAAUCGGCAUAGUGCGGCACUCAGUGGCUAACAAGCUCUGCACGAUGUUAAAGGUGGACAUAGCGUUCCUAGCGUACAAGGCAGCAAACAUUGCCAAGAACUGUGACAUCAAAACGUUUGUAAAAAUAGAAAAAAUAUCGGGUGCUGAUUUCUCUGGAUGUGAGGUUAUGGAUGGUGUGAUCGUAAACAAGUCACUGAUACACUCUGAGAUGAGAAGGGAGAUAAGAGACCCGCGUGUGAUUGUCCUUGACACUCCAAUUGAGUACAAGAAGGGCGAGAGCAAAACCUCGUAUGAGCUGAAGAAUCAGGCUGAGUAUACGAGAGCACUGGAAAUUGAGGAGGAACAGGUGCAAGAGAUUGUGAACCACAUAUUGGCACUGAAUCCGGACAUUGUUAUCACUGAAAAGGGAAUAUGCGACUCUGCGCUUUCAAUUUUCCAGAAGAAGAACGUUACGGCACUGAGAAGAUUUAAGAAGACAGAAGCGCUGAGAAUUGCGGCCGUUACCGGUGCAACUAUCGUGUCGCGGGCUGAGGAUCUCGAGGAAAAGCAUGUGGGGAAGGAUUGCCGCCUUUUCAGGGUCACCCGGUUCGGGAAUGAGGAAUACGUCAAUUUUGUGGAGUGUGUCAAUCCUAAAGCCUGUUCGGUGGUGCUCAGAGGACCGUCACGCGAUAUUUUGAAUGAGUUUGAGCGCAACUUCGAGGAUGCGAUAAAGGUAGCAAGGAAUUUGAGAAUGAGUGAUAGGUUGUGCGCGGGUGGCGGAGCAACAGAGAUGAAUCUGUGCAAGUUUUUGCUCCGAAAAGGCGCAUGCACGGAAAAUAUGCAGAAUUCGAUGCUCAGGAAGAGGGUGUAUGAUGGAAUAGCAAAUGCUUUACGUAUGAUACCCUUGACAUUGGCGAAGAAUAGCGGGUGCGAUGAUCCCCUUGGUCUGAUUGCGGAGCUUGAAAGCACAAGCGAUGUUUACAUGGGAAUUGAUGGUGUUAAUGGAAAGGUUGUGGAUGUAAGGAAUCUGGUUAUGGAGCCCAUAGCAGUUAAACGACAGGCCCUUAAGAGCGCAUUUGAGGCUGUGGCCCUGCUUUUAAGGGUCGAUGGUGUUAUACAGAGCAAGAAGAAGUGAUUUUCUAGUCAAUAAAAUUAUGCUGUCUC